UCAGGGAAACCUGGCAGCCCUGGUAACUGAGGGGAGCUGGGGGAACCUGGCUGGCCUGGGAACCCGCCGGGGGAGCCCGGCAGCCCUGGAUACUGGGGGGACCCGGGGGAGCCCGGCAGCCCUGGAUACUGGGGGGACCCCGGCAGC